AUGGGGCAAUCGAAGAAACUCAAAAACCUACACUCGAUUUUAAAAGACAAAGCCAAAAUCAUCAAAGCAACUUUCACCAUCACCAAUCGUACCACCACGUCCAUCCAAAUCGCCGUCAUCCGUGCCACCACCCGCUCCACCCACUCCCCACCACCAGACCACCGUAUCUCCUCCCUCCUCUCCGUCGCCCACACCACCCGCCACUCCGCUUCCGCCUGCACAUCCGCCAUCAUCCACCGUCUCCACCACCACCACCAACCGAACGCUUACGUAACGCUCAAGUCUCUCAUAACCCUACACUCGAUCAUCGCAGGAGGUUCCUUCGUCCCCAAGGACCACCAAUCGUUCCGCCCUACCUCUGCCGCCGACCACCACUACCUCAACCUCUCGAGAUUCAUCGAUAACACCGACACGCAAUCACGGGAGUUCUCGUUGUGGGCCCAAUGGUACGCGCGCUUUCUCGAAAGCAAUCUUUCGACAUCCAAGGUCUUAGUUUGUUCGCUAUCUUCGAAAGCCGAAAUCGAUAAAAAGAAAGAAAACGUGAAAUAUUCGUUAUUCAUGGAUUUAUUCAAAGAAAUCGAAGCACUGGUUUCGAUGAUCGAAGAGAUCUGUAGAGCACCGAGAUCGUUACAUUGUCAAACGAACGACAUAAUUUACGAGGUGAUGAGAUUGGUGGGAGAAGAUUAUCGUAUGACUCAGUACCAUACGAUGAUCCGACUCACUGAGUUGAGCACUAGGAUCCAUGGUCUUAGCACCAACGAGCUGAGUGAAUUGACUUUGUAUUUGGAGAGAUUAGAGGGUUGCAAGGAAAGGCUGACCGAGCUGUUCGCGAACCGUAGACGGAAUGAGUCAUUUUGGGAAUUAGUGACCGAGUCAAUGGCAAAACUUUUGAGGUUGAAGGAAGAUAAGGAAUUAAAAUCGGUGAGUCGUAGAAUGAUCGAGUAUACUACCGAGUCAACUCAGUUGAAGAAACAACUCAGGGAAGCAAGUCGACCGUUGGGAUUAUUACCGUUGGGUGAUGGCAAUCAUUGGUUAAGCGUGGACCCGUACAAUUUAACUUUUUCGUUGGCCUAAUUAUUCCUGUGCUGCUUUUUACCUUUUCCUUUUUUACUUAUUUAUAAUAUUUUUCAGAUUUUCACUUUUU